AUGUUCGACACUCAAUACACUCUUUUGCUUCGGGAUUCCAUUGCCAUUGGAAAUCAAACUAGGACUCCGAUAGAGUUUCAAAAUGAAGAAAAUAAGGAGGGCAAUGGAGAUAGUGAUGAAAUCAAUUUAGAUGAUGAUGAGCCUCUUUUUACAAGUUUCCUCGAAAGUAGUUCGGGUAAAAGGAAGAAGUCUAAGAAUGUUGGCAACAACCGAUCAACCAAGAGUAAAACUUCAACUUAUGAGGAAAAAGUAGAUGCUUUAUUGGAUGCCAUAUCAACAAAAAGCACACAAACCUUUCCACAAAAUAAUCCAUCUCCUACAAUAUUUUAUUGCAUGGCAGUUGUCAUAAAGUUUCCCGGUUUCAAUGAAGGUUCCAAAGACUAUUCACAAGCAUUGUUUGCCUUCACGAAAUCACAAACUCGUGAAGCUUUUAUGUUUCCGACGACUGAUGAAGCAAAGAUGGAGUUCUUGAAGUUACUAAUGAAAUAA